AUGGAGGAGGCGGAUAUGAGGCUGAUGUCGCAGCUGUUGCUGAAGCUCUCGCAGAGAGAUCUAGCAGGAAAAGCCACAGCUUGUCUGCUGGGUUGCUGCUAGGCUUUUACUGCCACGACCCCCGUAAUUUCUGCGACAUGCCGAAGGUUGGCGAUGGGAGUGGGAGGUUUGGAUCCAUCUCGUCAGUACGUACGGAGACUACUUUACCACAGCAGUCUACAAGUGAUCGUCGUGAUGAAGGUACUGGUGUAGCGUUGUUUGUAUGUACUGGAUUUCGUUUAGGUGGCCCAUGACCCUACACCCCGCCCCAACAAUAUCCGGGAAAUGCUGACUUCAAUCGACAGCUGAGUAUUCGAGCGGUCGCACUUUCGUCUGUUGUGGUGCAGCUGCGGUACAG